CUAUGCGCAACCUCUCGCGCCGCAUGAUGUCGACCAAACCCACGCAAUCCUACAUCUCCUGCGAGCGCCGUGGUUCGCUGGCGGCGAUUACGCUGCAAAGACCCCGUGCACUCAACGCGCUCAACCUCGAGAUGGUCCGGGAGCUGCAGGCUGCGUUCCAAGACGCCAGCACCGACGCCUCCGUGCGGUGCCUCCUGCUGACCGGCGAAGGCAAGGCCUUCUGCGCCGGCGGAGACGUGAAGGCGGUGAUGCUCGCCGCCAAGGAGGAGCCGCCAGCGCGCGGCAACAUCGCGGACGCCUUCUUCCGGGAGGAGUACACGCUCAACGCGGCGCUGGCAGCCUCGGACAAGCCGCAGGUGUCCGUCUGGGACGGUAUUUGCAUGGGUGGCGGCGCCGGGCUGUCGGUGCACGGGAAGUUCCGCGUCGCCACCGAGAAGGCGCUGUUUGCGAUGCCCGAGACAAACAUCGGCCUCUUCCCCGACGUCGGCGCCUCCCACUUCCUCUCCUCGCUUCCGGGCGGGCUGGGGCCGUACCUGGCGCUGACGGGCUCUCGCCUCGGCCCGGCCGACCUGCUCUACUCGGGGCUCGCCACGCACUACGUGCCCUCGAGCACCCUGCCCUCGCUCGCCGCGGCGCUCGAGGGCUGCGGCAGCAGUGACGACGUCAGCGCGGCGCUCGAUGCGGUGGCAGCGAGCCCGGGCAAGUCUCGGCUCGAGGCGGUGCAGCACGCGAUCGACGAAUGCUUUGGCCAGCCGACUGUCGAGGCGAUCGUCGCCGCACUGCGCGCGCGGGACAAGGACGCCGGCUGUGCUUGGGCGAGCGAGACGCGGCACACACUCUCGCGCAUGUCGCCCACGUCAUGCAAGGUGACGCUCCGGCUUCUCAUCGAGGCAAGGGGCCGGCCGCUGUCGGAAUGCUUGCGCGCCGAGUUCCGCGCUUGCCAGCGCUUCAUGCGGCAGCCGUCGGACUUUUUCGAGGGGAUCCGCGCUGCGCUGGUCGAUAAGGACAAGGCGCCGCGCUGGGCGCCGCAGAGCCUGACCGACGUCGCGGACGAGUCCGUCGCAGAGUAUUUUGCGCCGCUGUCAGAGCGCGAGCUCGAGCUGUGACGAUUCACCACCGAGCCCGCGGCGCUGCUGGGGCGAGCGGCAAACCGCCUGCCACUCGGCUCGCUAGAGGCGGUUUGGUGGCACGCACAGGUUUGCCGUUUGUGUGUUGGCAGGUGAGUUAGGCGCCUCCGGCAAUGUGCAUGCAUGUGUGUCGAGACUUGGGAUGGCUCUCUCGAACUCUCGUCCCCGGAAUUAUAUAAAUAAAUAAAUAAAAA